AUGGAAAAAGCAAAUCCCUUCGAAAGCGUCGUAAAAGAACUAGAAGUAGACGGACAAACCUACAAAUACUUCUCUCUACUCGCUCUCAACGAUGAGAGAGUCUAAAAGCUUCCUUUCUCAAUCAGAGUUUUACUUGAAAGUGCCUUGAGAAACUGUGAUGAGUUCAACGUUAAAUCAUCUGACAUUGAGACCAUCUUGAAUUGGACUGAGAGUUCAGAGAAAGACCUUGAAAUCCCAUUCAAACCAGCUAGAGUUCUCCUCCAAGAUUUCACUGGAGUACCAGCUGUUGUUGAUUUGGCAGCUAUGAGAGACGCUAUGACCAGAUUAGGUGGAGAUCCAGAAAAAAUUAACCCCCUCUGCCCAGCAGACUUGGUUAUUGAUCACUCUGUUCAAGUAGAUGUCGCUAGAACCUCUGAUGCUAGAGAGAGAAACGAGGAACUUGAAUUCCAAAGAAACCAAGAGAGAUUUUCAUUCUUGAAGUGGGGUCAAAGUGCCUUCAAUAACUUUUUAAUCGUUCCUCCAGGCUCAGGAAUCGUGCAUUAGGUCAAUCUUGAGUAUUUGGCCAGAGUCGUAUUUAGAGGUGAGAACGGAGUUCUUUACCCAGAUUCAGUAGUCGGAACUGAUUCCCACACCACUAUGAUCAAUGGACUCGGAGUUGUCGGAUGGGGUGUUGGAGGUAUCGAGGCUGAAGCAGUUAUGCUUGGUCAAACUAUUUCCAUGGUCCUUCCUAAGGUUGUUGGUUUUAGACUAACUGGAUCUGUUCCUCCUGAAACAACUGCUACUGAUGUGGUUCUCACUAUUACUUAAAUGCUUAGAAAGAGAGGUGUUGUCGGGUAAUUCGUUGAGUUCUUCGGACCAGGUUGCUAGUCACUUACACUUGCUGACAGAGCUACAGUCGCAAACAUGUCUCCAGAGUAUGGUGCCACUAUGGGUUAUUUCCCAAUCGAUGAUUAAACCAUUGAUUAUCUUAAAUCAACCGGAAGAAAUUCACACAAUGUGUAAUUCAUUGAGCAAUAUCUUAAAUCACAAGGGCUUUACAGAGUUUAUGAUGGCUCUCAACCAGAUCCAAAUUACUCAGGUGCUGUCAUGGAGUUAGAUCUCUCAACAGUUAGACCAUGUCUAGCAGGACCAAAGAGACCUCAUGACAGAGUUGAACUUACUCACAUGAAGAAGGAUUUCAAUUCUUGUCUCCAAAACCCAGUAGGAUUUAAAGGAUACGCUAUCUCAGAAGAUAAGAGAGCAAGUACCUCAAAAUUCAACUUUGAAGGCCAAGAAUACGAGCUUUCUCAAGGUUCUGUAGUCAUUGCUGCUAUCACUUCAUGCACUAAUACUUCUAAUCCAGACGUUAUGCUAGCUGCUGGUCUCCUAGCCAAGAAUGCUGUUGCUAAGGGUCUUUCAGUCAAGCCAUACAUCAAAACUUCUCUUUCACCUGGUAGUGGAGUCGUUACUAGAUAUUUUGAACUUGCUGGAGUUACUGAUUAUCUAAAUCAACUUGGAUUCACUCUUUCCGGUUAUGGUUGUAUGACUUGCAUUGGUAACAGUGGAGAACUUCAUGAAACUGUAAGCGAAGCUAUUACCAAGGAAGAUUUAGUUGUUGCUAGUGUAUUAUCUGGUAACAGAAACUUUGAGGGCAGAGUUCACCCUCUCACCAGAGCUAACUACCUAGCCAGUCCACCACUUGUAGUUGCUUAUGCAUUAGCUGGUACAGUUAACAUUGAUUUUGAAACUGAACCAAUCGGUCAAGAUCAGGAUGGAAAUAGCGUCUUCCUUAGAGACAUCUGGCCAUCAAGAGAUGAGGUUCAAAAAGUAACCUAAUCUGUCAUUAAACCAGAAAUGUUCAAGGAGAUCUAUGAUUUAAUUGCAAAGGGAACUGACAGAUGGAAUGCACUUGAUGCUCCACAAGGUAAACUUUACCAAUGGGAUGAAAAAUCUACCUACAUCCAUGAUCCCCCCUUCUUUAAGGGUAUGACUAAGGAAGUCUAAGACAGAGAGCCAAUAUAGAAUGCAUACGUACUUGCUUACUUCGGAGAUUCAAUCACCACCGAUCACAUUUCCCCAGCAGGUAAUAUCUCAAAGACUUCACCAGCAGCUAAAUAUCUUAUUUCUAAGGGUGUUGAAGCAAAAGAUUUCAAUUCAUAUGGUGCUAGAAGAGGAAAUGACGAAAUUAUGGCUAGAGGUACUUUUGCUAAUGUAAGACUUGUAAACAAACUUGUUGAGAAACCAGGCCCUAAGACCGUCCAUAUUCCAUCAGGAGAAGUUCUUGAAAUCUUUGAUGCAAGUGCCAGGUAUAUUCAAGAUGCUCAACAAUUAGUUAUUCUUGCUGGACAAGAAUAUGGUUCAGGCUCUUCAAGAGAUUGGGCUGCUAAGGGACCAUUCCUUCAAGGAGUAAAAGCUGUUAUUGCUGAGAGCUUUGAAAGAAUCCACAGAUCUAAUCUUAUUGGUAUGGGAAUCUUACCUCUUCAAUUCAACCCCGGCUAAAAUGGUGAGUCAGUAGGACUUAAGGGAACAGAAUAAAUCUCCAUCGAAUUACCAGAGAGUUAUGAAGUUGGUCAACAGGUUACUGUAACUACUUCAACUGGCCUAAACUUCCAGACUGUACUCAGAUUAGAUACCCAACCAGAAAUUACCUACUAUAAGAAUGGUGGUAUUCUCCCAUACGUCCUUAGAAAACUUCUACAAUGA